GUCGCCAAGUGGACGCCGUUGGUUGCCUGUACAUUUGUUUUGAAUAAAAUUAUGGUUUUUUUUAUUCUUUACAAUAAGUAAAUCUGAGUUUUUGUGGUGAAUUAAAUUAGAAACCGACGACCAUCUCGAGACCGCUUGGUUGUGUUUUGAAGAUGACUGCCGCGUAUAGUGUUGUAGCGACGUUGUAGAUAAAGUACCUAUGAUAUUAACUUUAAAAAAUUGGGUGCUCUUUAUGCCUAAAUUGUAAAAAAUAAUAUGUUUUCACUACUAGUACCAAAAGGUAUGUAAAUUAAAUUACUAUUUACAGUUUCGUCAGAUUUCUACGGACGAAUAAGUGCGUCCACAAGACUUGAUAACUUAUUGCAUCUUAAAAGAGGACUAGACUGAAUAUUGGCUUAUUUGUAAGUCUAUCUCGAGUUUAUCACCACGUAUAACAUAAAUUAAUAAUAACCCGUAAUAAAGUAAAUUCUGCUUAUAGAAAAUGAUGAAGUUUUUUAUUCAAGUGGUACUGGUGUUAGCUGGCAUUCAGUUGGCCACCGCCAUCCGCUGCUACGACUGCAACAGCGUCAACAACACGAUGUGCCUGGAUCCGAGCAGCUAUGAUGAGGAGACUCUUCGCCGAUUCCUGGUGUACGCAGAGUGUGGACAGGGCGUCAUUGUGCCACAGAACUACUUUUGCAGGAAGAUUGUACAGACUAUCUACCACACAAACCGCGAGUCCGAGUUCCGCAUAACGCGCGGCUGCGGCUGGGUGCGCGCUCCACAAAACCUCGACUGUUAUAAGGCGGACAACCACGACCAUCUGGAAACGGUGUGCCAAUGUUUCGAAGAUGGAUGUAAUGGGGCAACUUCAAACUUCGCAAAUUGGACACUGUUUAUUUCUGGCAUUGUUGUCAUAUUAAAUAAAUACAAUUAAAAUUA